UUCUCCAUCCCCCCAGUGGCUGGCUUGGAACCGACGGACUCAACGCCUUGACCGGACCGGACCGGACCGAACUUUACCAUCCCUAGUGUUGAGUAGAGUUCUUCGUAAGGAGAGUGAUCAGUGGGUAGAAGACGAAAAAAAAGGCUAA